GACGUUAAAAAUUGUUACAUGAGCUUUCCUUAUGAUCUUCAGCGGGCUACUGAAGUAAUUGAAUCACUUAAAGGAAUUUAUGAAACUUUCUAUGUAUUUUAUGAUCAAGCGAGGGAACCACCAGAGAAAGGUUUUGACUACAGAUCCAUUGACUUAUCUGCUGAACUUGAUGCGCUAUUAAAGAAUAGUUAUAAAACAGAGUUCGACUUUUUUUCAGAUGUAUCUCAAAUUUACAUUGAUCUUAAAGACGGUCAUACUAGUUUUAAUCCUGCUUGCUUCAAUGCAUUUUUCUUUUUCCAAGAUAUCUGGCUCUAUUCAACG